AAAUAAACGGCUAGAAACAGUCGACACAAGUUAAAUUGAGUAGGCCGCACCACACCCAACCAAAACCGAACACAUGCGCUUUCUCUCUCUCUCCAUAUUCAAUAAAUCAAAUUAGGCCAUCAUUCUCAACUACCUCAGUAGUAAACACCCCAAAAAAAGAAACACCAACAAAACCCUCACUACUCAAAAACCUCAAAUCAUCGAUCAAAAUUCAUGGCGUAUGGAAGAAAUCCGUAUUCGUCUUCUUCAAUUUUCGACACUUUCUCUCUCAACCCCGUGCCCUACCCGGUCCUGCUGAUCCUGGCCGUGGUCGCCCUCUUCCUCGGCUUCCAAUGGUACGUCUCCUACGAGGACGUCGUGGAGGCGACGGAGGAGAGCAUGGGAUGGAUGCUCAUGGCGGCGCCGCUGCUGCUUCUCUUCGCCGUGCGCUGGAUGUCGGACCGGGAGUACCCCGGGGGGUUGAUCUUCGGAUCCACGCCGUGGGAUCGGCGGCGGCGGGAGUACUACCUGACGGCGGCGAAUGAGGGGAGCUCGCCGUGGGGGGUGCUGGCGGCGAUCGUGCUGCUGCUGGUGCUUGUGCAGUAUCAGUCUACUUUUCUCGAGAGCUGGUUUGGCUGAUUGGAUUUGAAUAAUAUACUUAACAAAGAGUUUUUAGAUGGUGGUUUUGGCUUUUUAGUUUUUGUGUUUGUAUAUUAAUAUAGUUAUCGUUUCUGUGUUCAUUUUAAUUGCUGCUUUUUUUCACGUUAAUUCUUAGUCUUAUUUUACGAGCAGAAAUUUAGAGUUGGUUCUACCUCAA